UGCGCAGGAUCAGAGCAAAAGCUUCGCUUGCCGGUGCUUGUGUGGUGCGGAUGCGGAGUGAGGGCACUGGGCAGGUGUCGCAUGAUGUGGGAGGCUAUGUUGAGGUUGUGUUGAUGUUAAGCUAGGUUAACUUAUUUGACACUUCUGUGAGGCUCCAACUUUGGUUCUAAACUGAUUAGUUCUAAAAAGUUUCUCCCAGUUGGCGAUUUAAUAUUAUAAGUGAAUAGUAUUAAUGUAUAAUAAAGUUGACAAAUGCAGAAUUUGUUACUGCUGUCUGUCUCCCAAUUUCGUGUUAGCGAAUACGACUGCUAAUGCUGUGAACUGUAAACUUUUAAAGUUUGUCACAACUGGUUAGAUUGUAAGGUUGAGUAGCUUCAAUUUGAAGUUUUAUCAUGGAUCGAGGUAGCAAAAAUGUUCAGGUACGAGGAGGGAAGGUAAAAAUUCCCCAAUAUCCUACUGACCUUUUUGCAUUGGGAACCAAGACAUCAUCGGAGGCAAAACGAACUGGUGUUGCCCAUCCAAAACCUAGCACAUCACAUGUUUUACCAGGUGACAGGAAAAGAGAACCAAGUGGUAGUUCAUUACCUUCUGCUUUAGCACCCCCCAAGAAGCAGAAGACUGGAGUUGUGGGAAAUCCUCCUAGUGGGGACCGAACAGUUGUUCGUACUGGUGCAGAGGCAUGGGAAAUGGUGGCACUUGAAUGUGAUCCCAUGGAACUUGUUCCAGCAGUACUGGAAGCCAAUGAUUUAGAUGAAGCCGAUCGUGUGGUGGGUCUGUUAUGUGGAGCAGUACGAUCUCUUCGUGCACAACGCUGGAAGCCAGAUAUGUUACUUUAUCAGGAUAUGUGCUAUUUGGCAAAAGUUCGCCCUUCCCUCUUCACAAAUGAUUGUGUGGUUCAAGCAUUGGCAUCGCUUCUUCGUAGAGAUUCGACUCACAGUUUUAAAUCAAAGGGAAAUCCUGUUGUGCCAGUUUUGGCAGCAAACCUUCUAAUGCGGGCCUUCCAGGAUAAGAAGCACUGGCCUGAACUUUUUCUUAAGAUAUAUGUGGAAGACUCUCUUGGAGAAAGAGUUUGGGUUGACCAAGAGGAAUGCUCAGGAUUUGUAAACAACAUCAUUACAGCCCUGAACACACGUAUGCCACCACGUUCCUUUCUGCAACCAGAGCUAGUGAUAGGGGCAGUGGCAGGCACACGAGCAGAAGCCUGUCCUUCUCCGUCUGCUCCUGGCCCCACAUUAGAUGAUGAUCUGGAAUUGGCUGUUUUGGGUGGUGAAACCACAACUGGUGGUGGUGGAAAUGGAGACAACAAAGAGAAAAUAGAAGUUCCUGUAGUGCCUAGAUAUAGUGGGGCUCAUGAGAAUGUAGAGCAAGUGGUUAUGGAAGUGGUGCGUGAACAAUUGAAUCGUCGCCAACCAGCUGAAAAUAUUACCCGAAAUUUUCUUCGUCUGAUGGCUUCAUGCUGUGGCCUUGUUGAAGUGCGAUUGGCAGUAGUACCUCGUCUGGAACUGUGGUUGCAAAACCCUAAACUGAUGCGUCCAGCACAGGAAUUGCUGAUGGCAGUAUGUCUCAACUGCAACACACACUCUCAACGGGAUGUGGAAGUGAUAUCACAAUUAGUGAAGAUACGUUUGAAGACGAAAGCUGUCAUAAACCUUUAUCUUUCUUGCUUUCGAGAGUUAAUCUCCACUCAUCCAGAGAAUUUAGCUACUCUUCUCAAACAUACCAUCUACAAUGAGCUAUCAACAGCUCGAAAUCCCAAUAAUAUGUCAAUGCUGGCUGUCAUGUUCCAGACAAAGCCAGAAGAUGCUGCUGGACUCCUGGCAGAUAUUUUUUUGGAACUUCUCCUGAAUCGUGAAGACUACUUGCGGCCACUACGUGCUUUAUUGAGGGAAGUUGUACGUGUAUUGCGUCAUGACUUGAGCCUCACAGCUCUAUGCCGUGGCCUUCUUCAAGAGCGAAAGGCGAAAGAAAUACGGGAAUUUGAAUUUAAGGAGCGGAUGUUCUUUUCUAUUGUUGACCUCCUCACACUGUGCAUCUUCUUGGGCAUAUCACCAUCUGUGCGAGAGGCAUCAGCACUCCUAGCACGCGGUGAUAAAAGGGAACUUCUUGCUCUUCAGAAUUUCCAAGGAAUGGUGGCUCAAAUCGAGCGUGAUGCAGUAUGGUGGCUACACAACGUUGCUCCAAAACUAUUUCGACCUUCUCAAGCUGAACUUCUUCAUAUGCUGCAUAAAAUCCUGUUUGUAGACCAUCCUGAACAGUAUUACAAUAAAGAUAAUUGGCCUCCGGAAAGUGAACGAGGUUUAUUUAUGCGUAUGGCUUCUGAAGUUCCGCUGCUGCAACAGACUCUUCUGUGUAUAUUACUUAUUGGAAUUGCCAAGGACCAUCCUGUGACAGCUCCUGAUGCAUUGGAAUUAGCAGAUCAGGUAGUGAAACGAGCAGCUGCCCUGCCAUCUGAGGGCAUGCCUAUGUUACAAGCCGAUAAGUUGGAGAUAAUAGACCUUGUGUUUAAUCUCACAGCUUACCAUCAUCCAGACAACAUUAACCUCCCUACUGGGUAUUGCCCUCCUCAUUUGGCAAUUACAAAUCUCUAUUGGAAGGCAUGGAUAAUGCUCUUAAUGUUGGCUGCUCAUAAUCCUGCUUCAUUUGGUUCAGUGGCAUGGGAGAAAUAUCCCACAUUGCGCACAUUCAUGGAAAUGUGCAUCACCAAUCAUUUUCAGUUCCCUCCUCCCACAAUGUCAGUGGGUGAAGGAGCUGAAGAAGCUCGUACCAAAGAAUUACAAGUGACAGCUGUGGAAAAACAACAGAUCUUGGAAUUUGAGACUUAUUUGGCUGCUGCUUCAACAAGACAGACAAUUACAGAACAAACUAGUUUACUUCUUUGCCAGCUUAUCACUUUAGAUCCAAUGGGGCCACCCCGUCAACCUCCUGGUACAGUUCUUGACCAACUGAAGGCGUUGAAUAUAACACACCGCCUUGGCCAUCUUUUGUGUCGUUCUCGUCGACCAGAUUUUUUGCUGGACAUCAUUCAGCGCCAGGGCACUUCUCAGUCCAUGCCUUGGUUGGCAGAUCUUGUAGAGAGUUCUGAAGGAGCCUUCAGCCAUCUCCCAGUGCAGUGCCUGUGUGAAUUCCUACUGAGUGUGAGCUCUGGACCAACAGGAGGAGCUCCAGAGAAGCAGCACAAGCAGCAGCACCUGUUACGGCACCUCCAGGCUGUGCUGACAGAUCCUGAACAGGAUCCCACUGCACCAUGCGAGGUCUUGGAAUACUUCUUGCGUAGACUGGGCUCCUCCCAGACUUCAUCUCGGGCGCAGGCCAUUCGUGGCCUCAAGCAGGUUCUGUCUUCAGUUGUGCUUGAAGAAGAGCCCUUGGAUGCAGAGCACAGUGAAAGUGCGUUAGAAAGUUGCACUUGGCUGUUGAGAGCUCUUCCUCUCCUGCCACACUUUCCUUCUGUGCGACCUCAGGCAGUUCAGGCCCUGCGCCAAGCCUGCCAGGUUGAGAAUGAGCCUGCUUUGGUCAGCAGCUACAUUUGCUUCCUUGCUGCCCAUGCAGCCCAAGAUACACUGCCAGAUCUAGCUGAUUUGGUUCUUGACAUGGCUCAACUGAUUGUGGAAAGAAGUUCCAUUGUGGCAGCUAUUUUACCAUCACCUGAUGAUGAUGUACCAGGAGCUGCAGCUACACAACAUGCUCUUAUGCUCAUGUUCCAUUCUUUUCUGCAGAAGGCUCGUGAACCUCGGCAAGAAGGUUAUCCAUGGUCUGACAGCCAGGAUCAGAUUUUAGUGAAUUGGAGUACUGGAGAACAAGCCACAAUGCAUGUGCUUAUUGUCCAUGCUAUUAUUAUUCUUUUAAAUUAUGGCCCUCCUCAAGAACAUGACGAAUUGUUUGAAAGCCUCCUGGACAUGUGGUUUCCUGUAGGAAGACCACUUCCAAAGGCUUAUCUUGUUGUGACAUCUGAAGAAGCAUUGCUUAUCCCAGAUUGGCUGAAACUGCGGAUGAUUCGAUCCAAUGUUGACUGUCUUGUUGAUGCUGCACUAACAGAUUUGGAACCUGGGCAAUUAGUUUUGUUUAUUCAGUCUUUUGGUAUCCCUGUGCAAUCAAUGAGUAAGCUCCUACACACACUAGAUCGAGCUGUGACCAGUGAUCCAGCACCAGUGGCGGAAGCAGUACUAGACAAGAGCUAUAUGGCUCAGCUGGUAGAAGUGCAGCACCAUCGCGGUGCUCGUGGGGGGCACACUCUUGUAGAAGUAUUGCAUUUGGAACAACCCCAGUUACCUGAAUACCAACAAGAAAAAAGCAGUAGCAGACGUAGACCUAUUCCACAAGUUCAGGAGGGCCUGACUUCAAGAGAUAGUGAAAUGCUAAGCUCACCAGAGAAAGUUAUGUCUGCAAUGACUCGGGUCUUCCUUCAGCACAGUGGAGCUACAAACAAUCAUUUAUUCAAGAAAUUGCAAAGGACCCUGGCAAUGGAAAUGCAGCAAAAAGAUAAGUGGGUUCUCUUAAAUGCUGCAGUCAUGUGGUUGGAAAUAGAAGGUCCAAAGCACAUGUUGGAACUGGUUCAAUUGAAACGUUUGACAGCCCCUCUCCUGCGACUGUUGGUGACUGCCACACUAACCAACACUGCUGCUUCUGCUCAGAAUUUGUCACAGCGUAUGAGCAUUAUCCUUCAAAGGUUGUCAAGUUGUGCUCCUCUUAAAGCACUAAUGCGAAUGCUGCUAAAUCAGCUAAGUUCAGUUCAUCAGACGCCUUCAAAGAAAGUUAGUCGUUAUAGUUUGGAAAUGGCAGACCCUAUGAAAGCUCUGACAAUGGCUCCUUCGGGUCAACUGGAACAUAUUGGGAAUAAGUUGAUGAACAAAGGUGAGCAGCAAAACUGCACUCCUUUCUUAGUGGAAAGUCUUGCUCGACUUCUACUCACUGAUACUACUGACAGUAGUAAUGAAAAAAAAAUAGCUUUAAAAACUGAAAAGCUUCCGCUAGCCGAGAGCCCAGCACAUAUAGGGCUGCUAAUUGAUUGGCUUGUAUCUCUGGAACCUGAAUUAAUAGGCAAAAGUUCAAACUUACAGAUGCAACUCCUCUUUGGCCAGUCUUCUAAGGAGAAGCAAAACUUAAGUUUUGACAUAAACACGUGUCGUCCGUAUCUCCUAAGUCUGUUGACCCAUCGUGCAAGUUGGCCAACUCUACACCACUGCAUGACUCACUUAUUAGCUUGCUGUGAUAGUUCUCGCUAUAAUGCAUCUUCUGUUCUGGAUUUCAUGUGGGCCUUGACAUGCAAUCCACGUCUCUGGCAAGGACGUGAUCGUUUCACCCCUAAGCAUUUCCAUCCUGAAGAUGUGCUUGGACUAUCAUUGUCCCAGCUAUUGGUUCUUGUUGAUUAUGUGGUGGCUGAAGCAGAAAAUGCCCAGCUAAGUGAUGUUCCUCCAAAGACAGUUUUGGAAGGAAUUGAAGCUCGUUUACCACUGUUGCAGCAGUGCCUCGAUGAAGGAGAGCACUUGGUUGCUAUUAGUCGUCAUUUAAUUGGCAUAGUAACCGCAAAAAAAGGGAUCCAGGCUGAAGUGGCAAGCUUGCUCUUGCUCUUGCUCUAUUUACAACAACCAGCUAUUUUACGCCACCUUUCUGAGAGUGAACGAGACAUAUUGUGGGUUCAUUCCAACAUCACGACUCAAAGCAGCAGCCUCCUUGACACAAUGUCACAUACAUUAUUAACAGCGCUUACAGCUGGUUCACAUACUCAUGCUGGCAAAGACUGGACUCGCAAAGCUCAUGAUUAUGAGUUAUUGACUCGGAAAAUGGCAUCUGUUCAUCCCAUUCUAGUACUUAGGCAGCUGCCUAUGCUUGCAGCUACAUUGCAAGGUCGUGUUCACCUUGAUUUGCAAGUGUUCCGUGCCCGCCAUCAUCUUUCCCUUUUUGGGCAAGUCUUAGGGCUGUUAGAGUUACUGCGGCCAUGGCUCUUUGCCCCUGAGCAUGCAUCUGGCCUCCACAGCAUUCUGUCAUGCUAUCUAGCUUUGGCCCGACAACAUGGGUAUGCUAAAGAUGUCGCUACUCUCCUUGUGAGGCUUGUUGCUCUGCUGCAAGCAUUUGUAGCUGCUGAUGCACCCCGAGCCUCACGAUUUCUCCAGCAACAUGCUGUGAUGCUUAGUGAUCUUCAGCAUAUGCAUCCCAGCCUGAGUGGAUUACGUUCCUUGCUAGGCAGCCUGUCAUUACCACGUGAUGGUGAAGAUGGAACUGAGACACUCUUAACAGCAGUAGCAGUAGUGCCUCCCCCUUCUUCCAGUCCCCAUUACGCCGCACUUUUGCAGGUUCUGAGUCGUCAGCAAGGAGAUGGUAAGUUCCAACUUUUGCCAGUGGAAUAUGUGAAUAUCACAAUGUGAAUUACAGACAUUUUUAUGAAUUAGAGAAGGUACUUGAAUACUUUAUUUUAAUUGUUCAUUACUUGAUAGAUAAACAAUGUUAAGUAGAAAGUGGCUUCGAAACUGAGUUUUUUGUGUAAAAUAUGUUAUUUUACAAAAUAUCAUCAGUACCAUUACAACUCAUGCACAUUUUUUCACCAACACAGGGGUGAAAUUGUUUUCAUAAAUUGUCAUUGUGUUUUGUAUAAAUUCCAUGUAUCAAGACAUUAGAAUUUCACAUAUAUUGUCAUUGCACGUUUUACUCAUGUUUAAUAUCAUUCUUGAGAGUAUAGUGCAUUUUAAUGGAGAUUGUGUUGUAAAGGUGCUGCUCCGUGCAUGUUGCACAGAGCUUUUGCAUGUUACAGAAGUCUUCUCUGCUUUGCAAGAGCUUGAACAUCUUUCUGUUCGCAAGCCUUCAAUACUUGAAGCAUUUACUGAGGUGUUUGGUGACUUGCUUGUUUCUCCUGCUGGCAAUAUCAGGGCAUUGGCUCACACCUUACUUCUUCGCUACAUGCGUCAUGACCCUGCUGGCACCAAUGCAAGUGCUGCCUUGGCAUCGUUUAUGCGAUGUUUGGAGAGUGAUCAGCCCGAUGUGCUAAGCACAGCAUUAGACCGAAUGCCUGAACUAGUUGUGUGUGCCCAAGAGCAUGGUCUUCCUCUUCUACAGAGAGCUUUUCGUUUGGGAAUGUACGCAAGUGUAAAUGCUCUGCCCUCUAUUACAAAAGCAAUCGGACUUCUUAAUGUACAAGCUGGCUGCUAACUUGUCAGAUGCUGUCACUGAAUUCUGGACUGUACAUGAGACUAUUGUAAAUAAUAUAUGUAAUAAAUAAUUUAUAUAUUUUAUUUUUUAAGUAAGAUGUAAAUAAAUAUGCAUAUAAACAGA